AUGCCGGGGGUCGCGGUGGUCCAGGGUCCCCUGAUCCCCUCGCCAGCCCCCUCCCCACAACCGGCGCUGCCCGCUUUGGUGCCUCAGAGACCCCCCCCAGGGGAGGUCCCGUUCCAGAGGCCGAGCUCCUCCAGCGAGGACCUGCUGUCCUCCAGCCCCGAGAGCCAGCCGGGGGGCUCCAAGGCCGCCGUGGGGCAGCCCCUGCUGCAGCCCACCCGGGCGGACGCGGCCGAAGGGCAGAAGCCCCGAGCGGUGCAGCUGAUCGAAGAGGAUCCCUACGAGAAACCAGAGCGUGUCCUGAAGCUGCUGGAAGAGCUGGAGCGGUUCCGAGGGGCCGUGGGGAGGCUGGAGCAGUUCAGCAUCGCCAUCGCCCGCUGCUACUCCAUGAAGAACCGGCACCAGGACAUCAUGCCCUACGACAGGAACCGCGUGGUGCUGCGCUCUGGCAAGGAUGACUACAUCAACGCCAGCCGCGUGGAGGGGCUGUCCCCCUACUGCCCACCCCUCAGCACCACCCAGGCCCCGCUCCUCGGCACCGCUGCCGACUUCUGGCUCAUGGUCCAUGAGCAGAAGGUCUCGGUCAUCGUCAUGUUGGUGUCCGAGCAGGAGCUGGACAAGCAGAAGGUGCUGCGGUACUUCCCGGUGGAGCGGGGCCAGCCCGUGGUGCACGGACCCAUCACCCUGGUGCUCACCAGCCUGAAGGUCACCCCCACCCACGUGGAGAGGAUGGUGACCCUGCAGUACCGCGACCAGAGCCUCAAGCGCACCGUGGUCCAUCUCCAGUUCACCUCCUGGCCAGAGCUGUAUGGCUGCUGCUGA